CGAGAGCCAUACGCGCUCUAGAAGCGAACGCUGCCUCAUCGAGUUCUGGAGGAAAUGCAAAUGAGCGAAGCAUGACGGAGUCUAGUGGAAGCAGGUUGAACGGACGUACGGAUGCAGCCAAGUUCUAUCGACAUAACACGCCUCUGCUGUCUGCCGCUGCUGCGUUGAAUAGUGGGAUCGUUGCGUUUGCGUUCUUCACUUUACGGGAACAUGCCAUCUCGCCUGUCCUCUCGAAUGCUCGAAGUAAAACAAGUGAUAAGUCUGGGCGCGGAGACGAAAACGAAAGGCCUCUGACAUGGUCUAUGAUGCGAACGUAUCAUUUAGAAGACUCGGCGCUUACGGGUGCGUUGCUCGGAGGAGGGUUGAAUGCCUGGAUGAAAGGUCCGAAAGGCAUCAUUCCUGGGAUGGUUACUGCUUCACUCGCAUGCUCUACUCUACAACUCAUCGUGAACGAGCUUGACGUCCGACGAAUACGAUACGUCUCUUCACGAACGUCACGUUCGUCUUCUAUCACCACUUUAAAUGCCGACGGUGUUAAUGUCUCUGAUUCAACGACUGCGGAAUCAGGAAAUACCCCAACUGACUCCGACUCACAACCUGGAAUGGGAGAACGCUUACUCAGACUCAUCGGGAUUACGAAAGUGGACGACACAGAGUACUUGCGACGCUUAAAAGCAAAACGGGAGAAGUACCUUGAGAGGAUAAGAGAAUUAGAGGAAGCAGAACAGACUCAGAAACUUGAAGGUGAAAGAGAGGUCGGAUCUGAAUUUGCAAGGGAUACUGGAAGUGAUAGGGGGAUGAGAGAUCGUAGGUCGUGAUAGGGCGUGCUGACCACAUAUUUUACUUUGUUUUAUCCAUAUAUUCG